UCCCCUUCUCCACUUUCUCGGAACCCACGCCGUCUCUUCCCCUCCGCAGUCCAGUGAAACUGCCCAAAUGUCGUCGUCCUCGGCGCCAGUGGCGAUGCCGUCGCCGUGGGAGCAUGUGGAGAGGAUCCGGCGUGAGCGCUACUUCAUCGGGCGCGGCGAGCAGAACCCAUUGGCUGAGGACAUGCACCAGGCCGUCAAGUACCUCUCGCAAGAGCUCUACUCCAAGGACGUCCACUUCCUCAUGGAGAUCGUGCAGAACGCCGAGGAUAAUGAAUACCCUUCUGGAGUAGCACCCUCUUUGGAAUUUGUAAUUACAUCAAAGGAUAUUACCGGAUCUGGUGCAUCCUCCACUUUGCUCAUCUUCAACAAUGAGAGGGGCUUCUCUUCAACCAAUAUAGAGUCCAUUUGUCGUGUCGGGAAGUCAACAAAGAAGGGAAACAGACAGCAGGGUUACAUUGGAGAGAAAGGUAUUGGAUUCAAGAGUGUGUUUUUGAUAUCGAGCCAGCCCCAUAUAUUUAGUAAUGGGUAUCAGAUCAAGUUCAACGAGAAACCUUGUGUUGAGUGUAAUAUUGGAUACAUUGUACCUGAGUGGGUGGAAUCCACACCUAGGCUUUCAGACAUCGAAGCGAUAUAUGGGUGUUCCAAAGUCCUUCCAACAACCACCAUUAUCCUACCAUUGAAGUGUGAGAAGGUUGAUGUGGUGAAGCAGCAGCUGUCAAGCAUGCAUCCGGAAAUGCUACUGUUUCUGUCAAAGAUCAGGAAGCUUUCUGUCCGGGAGGAUAACUGUGAUCCCAAGAGUGGCACUGUUAGUGAGAUCUUGAUAUCCAGUGAAAAGAACUACCAAGACAGGAAGAACAUGCAUGCUGAAUCUUACACACUCCAUUUAUCAGCUGAAGAGAGUGGAAAAGGAGAAGAGUGCGGCUACUAUAUGUGGAGGCAGAAGUUCCCAGUCAAGCCAGAGAACAGAGUGGACAAACGUGCCGAAAUCGACGAGUGGGUGAUAACCCUGGCCUUCCCACACAGCCAGCGUCUGUCCCGUGGGAAGCAGUUGUCACCUGGUGUCUAUGCUUUCCUCCCCACUGAGAUGGUAACGGACUUCCCUUUCAUCAUCCAGGCUGACUUCCUCCUUGCCUCGUCAAGGGAGGCGAUACUGUUCGAUAGUCCUUGGAACAAGGGAAUUCUAGCGUGUGUUCCAAGCGCUUUCAUGAAUGCUUUUGCAACACUUGUGAAGUCAACAGCUGAUGCACCAGCAAUGUCGCUGCCAUCUAUGUUCAACUUCCUGCCAGUCAAUCCUUCGCUUAUCCCAUUGCUUGAGCCGAUUAGGGCAGGCAUCAAAGAAAAGGUCCUUGCCGAGGAUAUAGUUCCAUGUGAGUCCUAUGCUUCACAGAAGAUAUUUUGCAAGCCCAGCAAAGUUGCGCGGCUCAAGCCAGCUUUCUGGACUAUCCUUGGCAAAGCACGGGAAUCCGGAGUGGAGCUGAAGAAUCUGUCAACUCAUGGAAUCUAUAUUCUUAGUUCUCAUUUUGACAAGAGUACAUACAACAACGUGCUUGCAUUUCUGGGUAUCCAAAGCGUGAAUUCUGAAUGGUAUGCGAAAUGCAUUGAAGGGUCCAAUCUUGUCAAGGAGGUACAUGAACAGCUUUACCUGGAAAUUUUGUAUUUUGUCGCAGACAAUUGGCAGAACUGUUUUUCUAGUACAGACAUGGUGUCCAUUCCUCUACUGAAGUAUGUUGACAGGAAUGGUGUUCUCUCAUUCUGGAGCAUAUCCAGAGCUACGGAACAGAGUGAUAGAUUGUGCAUUGCAUCUGAGAAGAAGUAUCUAAUGUGGCUAAUCAGCUGGAACAAGGAGUUUCCAUCUUGUAGCAGGUUCUUUGUACAUCCCAGCACACAGUCAGCUCUGGACAAUUUCUUGGAGCAGACAACAGUGAAAAUUUGGCUUGAGAGUCAUGCAAAAGUGGAGUUUGUCUCUGUCUACAGUUAUGGAUCAACUGUUGCUAAUUCCUUAGGCAAUGAUCGGAGGCCUGUCAUUUCUUUUGCACACUUUCUGUACCACUCAUUCAAGAUGGAUCACAUAGAGAGCUACUACUUAGAAAAACUGUGUCGAGUCAUGCCGGUAAUUGACAACUAUGGUUAUGUUGUCAAGACAAGAAGUAGCAUUCUAGUUCCUGCCAAGGGGAGCAAGUGGGUUGGAUUGAUGGGCACAAACCCAUGGAGGAAAGAGAACUACAUUGAAUUGUCAUCAGAUUACAAGUCAGCAGGCCAUUUUGCUGGGAACUACACAUCUGAAGAUCAGCUAUUGGCAUUCCUGAAGACACAAUUGCAAGCGGCGGAUGUGCCAUUCAUACACCCCCCUGAUGCAAGCUUCCCUACUGUCUCAUCACCUCUAACCGUGGACAAUGCAUUAUUACUGCUGGAAUGGAUACGGAAUCUGAAGUCACAAGGUAUACAAUUACCUGAUCAAUUCUUGGUUUGUAUAAAAGAGGGAAGUUGGCUAAUGACAUCGGUUGGGUACAAGCCACCAAACGAGUCAUUUCUGUCCAGUGCUGACUGGGGAAGUCUUUUGCAAAGUAGAUUUUCCUUCGUUGAUAUACCAAUGAUUGAUCAACAGUUCUAUCAAAACAAGCUGCAUAAGUACAAAGAGGAACUUAAGGCAAUUGGUGUGAGAUUUGAAUUUCAGGAGGCUUCUAUUUACAUCGGAAGCCGCCUCAUGUCUAUGGCUGCAAGCAGUGGGCUGACCAGAGAGAAUGUGUACUCACUGCUUCGGUUGAUUCGGUUUCUACGAGAGAAGGUUCUGUCUCCAAGUGAACUGAUCAAAAGCGUCAAAGGUGGACGUUGGAUGAAGAGCACUCUUGGCUACAGGCAUCCUGCGGAUUGUAUCAUCCAUGAUUCUGAUUGGGAAGUGGCAUCAUGUAUCAGUAAUCAACCAUUCCUUGAUGUGAAGUUCUACGGCGAGGGCAUCCUUGCCUAUAAACUAGAGCUUGAGUUGCUUGGUGUAAUUGUUGGGUUCAAAGACAAUUAUGAGCUUGUGAUUAACAAUUUCAAGUUCAGUUCCGCUGCUAUUACUGCUGAAGCUACUGUAUUAAUCCUCAAAUGCAUCCGUUAUGUGAAUCCAUGUGAAGAUUUCACAAGGAAGCUCGGAUAUUUAAAAUGGCUGAAGACAAAUGUGGGUUUUCGUGCUCCUAAUGAGUCUUUUCUUGUGGAUCCUGAAUUGGAGUGCCUUCUGAAGGUCUUCAAUGGAACUCCCGUAAUUGAUUCUGGAUUUUAUGGGAGUGAGAUCAGUUCAUACAAAGAAGAGUUGAGGAAGACUGGGUUGAUCACAAGAUUCGAGGAGGCAUCGAAGGCUAUAACUCAUAUUUUUGAGCAAAUGGUAUUGAAUUCGUCACUGACAAAGGCAAGUGUCCUGGCCCUACUAGGAUCUUAUCGGCAGCUGAAAACACACAGCCCACUUCCUGUUCAGCUUUUCAACUGCAUGCGCUGCCAGAAGUGGCUGCACACUUCAUUGGGAUUCAGAUCUCCGUCAGAUGCGAUCCUAUUUGAUGACGCAUGGCAACCUUUGUCUCAAAUAGCAAUCUUACCGUUCAUAGAUGAUGGUGACUCUUUUCAUGGUUUAGGAAAGGAGAUUUAUGAUUAUAAAGAUGAGCUCAGGGAGUUGGGUGUUACUGUUGAAGCGAAACUUGGUGCUAGAUUCGUCAUCGCAGGCCUCAGCAUUCCCAGUGAUCCUUCUGUCAUGUCCAAAGCUACCGUCUUGUCGCUGCUUGAGUGUGUCAAGAGCUACUUUGAUUCUGCAACUGCAGCUCCUAAGGGCUUUAAGGACAAGAUUUGUAAGAAGUGGUUGAAGACAUCCAUGGGAUACCAAUGUCCUGAUGAAUGUAUCCUAUUUGAUGCAAAGCACUCUUCUAUCUGCAUGGAAGAUGGCCCUUUCAUUGAUGAAGCAUUCUAUGGUCCAGAGAUAUCCUCAUUCAAAGAUGCCCUUGCGAGAAUCGGAGUGACGGUGGAUGUCAAAUGUGGACAAGAUCUUGUUGCUCGGUAUCUGAGGAGCCACAAUGAAAGAACUACUAUCUCCCGGAUCUACAAUUACCUGAUGGAGUGCAACUGGGAGCCUGAAAAUAAAAAUAGCAAUUGGAUCUGGAUACCAAAUGAAACGAAAAGUGGAGAAUGGGUGAGCUCACCAAGCUGUGUUCUUCAUGAUCGGAACAAUCUUUUUAGCCUGCAGCUGCAUGUUCUGGACAAAUACUAUGACAGGAAGUUGCUUGACUUCUUUUCACUUGUUUUUUGUGUGAGGCAUGGCCCUAGUGCUAAAGACUAUUGCAAACUGUGGAGCACAUGGGAGAGCUCGGUUGGCGAGCUAGCUAUGUCUGAUUGCUCUGCUUUCUGGCAGUUCAUUGCAACGAACUGGAGCAAAACAACAGAGAAACUUCUUUCUAGUUGUGUCAAGGUUCCAGUGUGUACAGAUGGAACGAUCAUUUUGUCGAAGAAGGAGGAUGUGUUCAUUCCAGAUGAUCUACUCCUUACAGAUUUGUUCAACAAGCUUUCUCAGCAAUCAUUACUUAUCUGGUAUCCUUCUUCUAGGCUACCUUCCAUGUCUCGAGCAAGGAUGAACAACAUCUAUGGUAGUAUUGGUGUUAAGACAAUAUCCAAAGCAGUCCAGAAGAAUGAUUCUUUCACGUUAGAGAAUGUUUUCAGAACAGUUGAUCCGAGUACGGUAAUCAAGGAUGGUUUGCUCCAAAUAAUUCUCGCGUUCCUCGCUGCUCCUGCUCUCGACAUUCCUGCUGAAGAGAGGCACAGAAUGGUUUCUUGCCUUCUGAAUGUGACUGUCCACGAGACAGAUGAACCAAUCACAGUGGGUUAUAGUGUAAGUUUGUCUUCUGGAAGGGAUGUGGCUGUGAAGGCCAGCCGAAUGCUUCGGUGGGAGAAGGGGGAUUCAAAGCUGUACAUGCAAAGAAACAAUGGUGAAGCUGGUUACAAAGAAAAGAUUGAGUUCGCGACCUACUUCGCAGAUGAGAUAUCUCAAGGACUGUUGUUUGAGAUGUCGGAUCAGAUCCGUUCGCAUGCUGAACUCAUAAAAGUUGGAAGCUUACUUGACUUCCAGGAUGCAGCUGUUGGGUUCUUGCUGAAGUCCAAGAAUCUGCAGCUGUUCCCUGAAGAUGAGUGCUUCCUGAACGCUUCAAUACAAGGGCCUCACUUGGCAGCGAAAGCCAUUAGUGAUCUGCAGAUUUAGCUCUUUUGAACAUGUUCAUGGUUGCUGAUGGCCUAUAUAUAUAUAACAGGUGUUGUGCCUGGAGGCUCAUGAAUGUGACUGCUUUGAUGUCUUCGGAUACAUAUGGCUGGUCGUAAUGAUAUACUGUUACUAUUUCUCUUGUUUAAUUGUGGAUUUCUGCGUCCUGGAACAGAACUUGUCUGUUGUUUCGGUGCAUAUGUUUAUCUAUGUGCGAAAUGACGCUAGUACUUGAGUCUAAUAUUAGUAAUAUUAUUGUCAGUACCUUAUGUAUGCCCUGUUGAUUUCUGAUCCUAUUAUGUGAGUUUGGUAUUUAUUUGAGAUGAACGAUACAGAAUGUCUAUCGGGCUGUUGUUUUAAGCCUGUA